AUGAACAUUGUUGCACGACCUGCCACCCUCAUAGCAUUCUUCCUUUUCUUCCCUCCCUCCUACCUCUCCAAGCUCUUCUUCUCCUUCCUUUCCUCCCUCUCCCCUGAGGACAUGAUGACUCACAAGGUCGUCCCCUUCACCGGUGCCUCCUCCUCCGGCGUCGGCGAGCAUUUACCUUAUCAGUAUGCAAAGAAAGAAGCCUUCCUAGUUCUGGUAGCUAGAAGAGAGAGAAGCCUCACAGAGGCCGCCGAGAAGGCUCGGGAUCUCGGCUCGCCUGAUGCCCCUGUGGUCCCUAUCGAUGUGUCCAAGCCCGAUGAGCAUCGGUGGUUCAUUGAUGCUGCCAUCAUCUACUUCAGCCGUUUGAAUCACCUCAUUGUCAAUGAUCCAAUUUGGACUAGCUGCCUCUUUGAAGAAAUCAACAUAUCUGCCUUCACACAAGUGAAGGAAAGCAAGGCAGCAAUUAUCAGGUUCUAUGAGGCAUUGCAAUCAAAGCUUCAUGCGGAGAUCAGGAUCACUGUCAUCACUCCAGGUUAUGUUGCAUCGGAGCUCACCAAAUGCUAA